CGUCAGUAUACAGCGUGAUAGUCGGCGAGUAAAGACGUGAGUUCGGGAGCGCUAACGAAGUUCUUCCUGACGAUUUUUCGUGACGGUCGCUUCCAGUUCAAUACACAUGCUGAUACAGUGGAGUUUGCGUAUGGUGAAUUCCACUGAACGAAAGAGUUGCGAAAAUGUGUUUCUACUCACUGCCAACGAGAGAGAGGCAAUGAGUAAGUGUGCCAAGAAUAAUAAGGAGACGGCAAGAAACUCGCAGUAUAUGUACAGCAAUAACAAGUCUGGCUAAAGACACGAAGCUCUCGAAUGCAUGAUAAAGUGAGGAAAAUAUAUAAAUAUACAUGUGGAAGAAACUCUAAAGCAGAGUGAAUAAAAAAGCCGUUUAUAUGUGGCCAAGAAGAACUACACAAAACACGCUGAAAUAACAACGAUACAUUUUAUAUUUACAAAGUUUCCAAUUGAUGUUGAAAUAAGUGAAAAGAAGAAAAUUUGUACGUAAAGGAAUUCAGCAAUCUACUCGAAGAAUAAGAAAUGCGAAGCUUUUAUGAAAGUGCUUCGGUUCAGUUGGUUUGAUCGGAGGAGGAUCUGUGUGAAACAGUGAAUCAGCAACUUCAUAUGGUAAAAUGAAUAAAAAGCGCUGAAGUGAAAAGGACAAUUCGCAUUUUCCAUUGCAUAAAAUACCACACGAAAAUAUGAUGAUGGAGGAAGCGAAUUACAUGCUGACUGAAAUCCCUGGUGGAUAUAUUUCCCACCGACCACAUGCAAUACACCGCUUUGCACCGUAUCCGUUACAUCAGCCGCAUCUGCAGCCUGCGCCGAUAUACAUCCAUUCACAGCCGAGAGUGGUGAAUCGACCAAAAUCGCCUCCCACGCCACCGGCACCGGAAGGAACACACAUUGGGCAUCUGUAUCCGGAGAUUCUAGCCAUCAUAUUUGAAAAGCUCAGUGUGAAGGAUCGCGGUAGAGCAGCACAAGUGUGCACGGUGUGGCGUGAUGCGGCAUAUUCAAAAAGCUGUUGGAGGGGAGUGGAAGCUAGUCUUCAUCUGUGGCGACGUUCUCCUAGUUUAUUUACAUCGUUGGUCAGGCGAGGUAUCAAGAAGGUGCAAGUGCUCUCAAUCAAAAAAUCUGUGAAAGAUGUAGUUGUUGGAAUACCAAAUCUAGAAUCGUUAAAUCUUAGCGGAUGCUACAGCAUGACCGAUGUUGCAAUGUACUAUUCGUUCUCUACAGAUCUACCAAAUCUUAGGCUACUCGAUCUUUCACUGUGCAAACAAGUUACCGAUUCCAGUCUUGGUCUUAUUGCCCAACAUUUGAAAAACAUCGAAGUACUUGAACUGGGAGGAUGCUGCAAUAUAACCAGUACCGGUCUGCUGUUAAUAGCAUUGGGAUUGAAAAAACUGAAGCGGUUAAACCUUCGAUCAUGCUGGAAUGUUUCCGACCAAGGUAUAGGCCAUUUGGCCGGACUUAGCAUAGAAACUGCUAGCGGUAUUCCGGGGCUAGAAUAUUUAGGUCUUCAAGACUGUCAGCGACUAUCGGAUGAAGCCCUACGGAAUAUUGCACAAGGAUUAGUCUCAUUGAAGAGUAUUAAUCUCAGCUUCUGCGUAUGCGUAACUGAUAGCGGAUUGAAACAUUUGGCGAGAAUGACCAAACUGGAAGAACUGAACCUGAGGGCCUGUGAUAAUAUAUCGGACAUUGGAAUGGCGUAUCUGACUGAGGGUGGUAGCUCCAUUUGUUCAUUGGACGUCAGUUUUUGUGAUAAAAUAGCAGACCAGGCGCUGACGCAUAUCUCGCAGGGACUGUUCCAUUUGAAAUCGCUUAGUCUCAGCGCGUGUCAAAUAACGGACGAAGGAUUAGCCAAAAUUGCCAAGUCGCUUCAUGAUCUGGAAACGUUAAAUAUUGGCCAGUGUAGUCGCGUUACGGACAAAGGAUUGGAAGUGUUAGCGGAGGAGCUUAACAAUUUACGUGCCAUCGAUCUAUACGGCUGCACGCGACUGUCGCCGAUUGGAUUAAAUAAAAUUUACAAACUACCGAGACUGUCUAAAGUUAAUUUAGGAUUAUGGCAUGUCAGGUGAUGCGUUAUUAUUCUAUUGCAAAUUAAUUGUUAAAGUUUAGUUUCUUUUAAUUGAAAUUGUAAUUAGGUAUGCGAUAGUAUUCUCUGUUACAGGGAUUAUAGCUGUAAAUCGUAGGAAAAAAAUGUCUCAAAAAUCCACACUUUAGCAAAAAAAAAUUGGAGUAACAGUAAAAAAAAACUAAUAAAUACUCUCUGUCGUCCAUUCUUGUGAGGGUUGAAUGCAACUACUGCUACAGGAUUUAAAAAAUUUGCUAUGUUAGCAGAAAAAAUCGAAAUAUUCUGUAAAUAUCAAAGAAACUACAAAAGCUCCUAAUAAAAAUGAAAAAAGGCUAAAUAAAAUAGGCCGUGCUGAAA